ACUAAACAUCAAUUCAUAGUGGAAGAGUGGAGAGAUAGAGAGAAAUGAGCAGUUGAAGAUCCUGAAGAAAGGAGAAGGAAAUCAAGUGUAGAAACUAAAAACCUCCCUUCUCUCUCCUCCGACUAUCGAGACCCUUUGCGUAACCUCCAUUUCCGACGCCGGCAAAGCUUUUGCUUGCCGGCGUCGGGACUCUUGUCCCUCGUUCGUCUCUUGUUUCCUAAAGAUCUUACUUUUAAUGUCUUUUUGGCCACCUACUCAAUCAUCUCAACCUUUCUCUGCAAGACCUAGUUUAAACGUCGGUUUAAACUCCACUGUGAAAGCUGAGAGGCUUGUCACGACAAACCUCCACUCAUACCAACCGCUACCGCCUGUUCCUCCAGCGUAUCUAAACCUAGAGAACACCCUUUUGCCCAGCGGCGCUUCAACUCUCAACUCUGAGGAGGGUCCUUCUGAUUCUCCCAGAUCUAAAGAAGCUGGUUUCCCCUCGCCUUCUUUUGAAGACCGUCCUCUCCGGAUCUCGUCGCCGGCGUUGUUUUCCAUUAUUCUUCUGGGAUUCCAACCUGAUCUUUCAAGAUCCAGCCUUGAGCCCUCGAGAAGCCUACCGUCGAAGCGGUUACGACCGGUGCUUGCUCCGAUGAAGACGAUGAGAUUGAGCGGCGGCGGCGCAAACCUAGUUUCCUUUGGUGCUCCUCUCUUGGACCCUUCAUCUCGCCAAGUGGGCUUCGGCCCAUUUCUCUUCUCAUCGAGGCCCUGUGAACAAAGCGCUAUUUUUCAAAAGUCCAGCAUCUGCCCCAUUAUCCGAAGCUUUUGGGACAACGGCAUUAUGAUCUCCUCGCUAAGGCGUUGGGAUUACCGUACCUUCCUCAAUCUUCCAUUUCCAUCUCCCUUAUUUCCUGAGUCCGUUCAAGCGCAAAUCACCAAAGAUAGGAAGAUCAGUCCCUCAGCUCAAAGUCUGAAGAGUAACGGCAUUAUGAUCCCACCUCCUUGGAGUGGUGGUUACCGAAACCUCUUCAAGCAACCUCUACCAAAUCUUGAACCUGAUUCCACCAUCUGCCUUGGUUAUGAGCAGAUGAAUCCAUCGAGCUUCUUGGCCAUGGAACCUUUCUCAACGUCCCAAUGUCUACAGAUAAGACAGAUAAGGACAAUUCACCAUGUUCCGGCUUUGUCCGUGAGUGUGGCUUCGACAUCCCUUGAAAUCGUAUGCGACUUAGUGCUUCACCGCCCUUGUCUCCGAUAUCUCUUGGAUUACUUUCCAUCCCUUGUAUCCCUUUUUAAUUAUGGUUGUAACUUUCUUCAAUCUUGCCUUUUGGCUAAAACUUUAUGCAUUGUAAGCUCCUCCUAUCCGGUUGUUUGAUUGAAUUAAA